CGCUACGCCACGCAACACAUUCACCACCGUCUGAAAAUACAAUCCUUGCUUUGACAUAAAAGACCGUUGCCUGUCGCAAACAGGUUGUGUGGCAGCGGCGAAAAUGCGGUGCUCAAUCCUCGUCAUACUGGUUGCCGCCGUUGCGGCUCAGAGAUCCCCGUGGAAGCUUUGGAAUGGCAUGCACCUGCGGAUCCGCGGCGUGGCCAGUGGGGAGCUGGAGACACCCGGGUUCACACGUGGGCAGAGCACGCCCAAUGGAUUCCAAGGCUCAGUCACAAUUCAUGCUCCAAAUGGAAGCAGAAUCCGCUUGGAUUUUGAAGACUUUGACCUCGAGACGAGCGCCCAGUGCAGUGCGGACCGGCUUAUGCUCCAAGAGAACGGGGUAACGAGAAGGACACUGUGCUCUAACUUGCGACCGCCGCCGUACCUGAGCAGGAGCUCGGCAGUCACCGUCAGCCUCACCACGGACAGGAUGAAAAACAGCCGUGGCUUCGUGAUCCGCUUCACCGCCACUCGCGACAGCAGUGUGUGUGGAAGAACCAGCCUGUUCGAGUGCGACAACUUGGCAUGCAUCCCGAGGACACGCGUGUGUGACGGACAGUUCGACUGCGUCGACGGCUCCGACGAAGGACGCUGCCGUAACACGGAGUGCGGCAGCCCCAACGUUGAGUCAGACGUCGAGGUGUCCGACCGCAUCAUCGCAGGAGAGGAGGCGGUGCCACACAGCUGGCCCUGGCAGGCGAGCAUUCAAUUGAAAGGCUUCUGGCCGGCAGCCCACUUCUGCGGAGGAGCGCUCUUACGCAAUGACCUCGUUAUCACGGCGGCUCACUGCGUUGACGGGCUGCAUCCUAACGAGCUCGUGGUCAAACUCGGCAGCCACAACGUUGUCCACGACGACCCCGGCGUUCAGGUCAGGAGAGUCUCCACCUACGCACUGCACAGCGAUUACCAGUCACACGACUUGACACACGAUGUGGCUGUGCUCAAGCUUUCGCCGCCGGUGAACUACACCGCGCACGUGCGACCUGUGUGCCUACCUAGGCUCGGACAGCAGCUGCCCGUGAACACUGCCUGUUACGCCACUGGAUGGGGAAACACGCGAGGAAGCGGCCACUCGUUCUUGCUGAAGCAGGCCCGCCUCGUCGUGCGCGACUUCGACCAAGCGUGCGGCAGCAUCCUCAGCGUUCAGCCGAACCUUAGGAAGAACUACACAGUGUGCGCCGUCGACGAAUCCAACGACGCUGGACCAUGUCAUGGGGACAGCGGCGGUCCCUUGGUGUGCCGUCUGAACCGCUCCUCCAACUGGACGCUGGUGGGUAUGACGAGCCAAGGCACCGCGGUGACCAUGACCAAGGCGCUGUGCGGAAUGGGCACCGGGACCGUCUGGAGUGGCGUCAUUCCCAACCGCAAAUGGAUCAAAGCGGCGCUGAGCAUCCUCUGAAAAUAAACGUGGUUGCUUUCUUUGUU